GAAAAUAGCGCCCUGUGCAGCUGAAGCGCUUUGUGUGUAGCGGGGCCGCGUCAGCCCGGCCGGGUACGAAGCGCCUCGGGUCCCCACACCACCUCCUGCUGCUCCCCCGUCGCCGCUCCCGAAGCUUUUCCAGAUGUCCCUGGUAGAUUUGGGAAAGAAGCUUUUAGAAGCGGCACGAGCAGGUCAAGAUGAUGAAGUUCGUAUUUUGAUGGCAAAUGGAGCUCCUUUUACUACAGACUGGCUGGGCACUUCUCCACUCCACCUGGCGGCACAGUACGGGCAUUACUCCACCACAGAAGUGCUGCUUCGCGCUGGCGUAAGCAGGGAUGCCAGGACCAAAGUGGACCGAACGCCACUGCACAUGGCAGCUUCUGAGGGCCAUGCCAGCAUAGUAGAGGUUUUGCUUAAGCAUGGUGCUGAUGUCAAUGCAAAGGACAUGUUAAAGAUGACUGCUCUACAUUGGGCCACAGAACACAAUCAUCAAGAGGUGGUGGAGCUUUUAAUCAAAUAUGGUGCUGAUGUACACACACAAAGUAAAUUUUGUAAAACUGCAUUUGAUAUUUCAAUAGACAAUGGGAAUGAAGAUUUAGCAGAGAUAUUACAGAUUGCUAUGCAGAACCAAAUCAACACAAACCCAGAGAGUCCUGACACUGUGACAAUACAUGCUGCAACGCCGCAGUUCAUCAUUGGACCUGGAGGGGUGGUCAACCUAACAGAUGAAACGGGUGUGUCUGCUGUUCAGUUUGGAAACUCUUCCACAUCAGUAUUAGCUACAUUAGCUGCCUUAGCUGAAGCAUCUGCUCCCUUGUCCAAUUCUUCAGAAACUCCAGUAGUGGCCACGGAGGAAGUAGUUACUGCGGAAUCUGUGGAUGGUGCAAUUCAGCAAGUGGUUAGUUCAGGAGGUCAGCAAGUCAUCACAAUAGUCACAGAUGGAAUUCAGCUUGGGAAUUUGCACUCCAUUCCAACCAGUGGGAUAGGUCAGCCCAUCAUUGUGACCAUGCCAGACGGACAACAAGUACUAACAGUACCAGCAACGGACAUUGCUGAAGAAACUGUUAUAAGUGAAGAACCACCAGCUAAGAGACAAUGUAUCGAAAUAAUUGAAAACCGGGUGGAAUCUGCAGAAAUAGAAGAGAGAGAAGCUCUUCAGAAACAGCUGGAUGAAGCAAAUCGAGAAGCCCAAAAGUAUCGACAGCAGCUUCUAAAGAAAGAACAGGAAGCAGAGGCCUACAGACAGAAAUUAGAAGCUAUGACUCGUCUUCAGACUAAUAAAGAAGCAGUUUAAUUGAAAUGAACGUAUGGUUUGAGUUUGCUUUUGGUCAAGAGAGAAUACAAUCUUGAACUGUACACAAUACGGUGCAGUCACGGGAAGACAGGAUAAUAGAAGAGACUACAGAUUGGUAAUUGGACUUAAGCCAUGCAGUCUGAAUUCUUGUAACAUAAAACUAGAAGUUGUCAAAUGUAUUUAAAACUGAAUUCUGUAAAUAGUUUUUGUUUUUUCUUUUUUUUACAGUUCUAAAUGAGUUAGUAAAGAUUGUUGAAGAAAUCCAAAAACACAAUAAGCCACUGUUUUUGUGAAUUCUUUUUGAUUUUAGUAUGAAUCUUAAUUUCUCAGAAACAGAACAGUUUUAAGGGUGAUCGUUGUUGAUUAGACCAAAUGUUGUGUAAUAAUUAUGUGGUGGACUGAUGCUGGAAUUACUCCUGUAGGUAUAAACUUCUAUAUGAAGAGAAGAUUUCUCCCAGGAAAUCUUUGUACAGCUUUAAGUUGUCUCAGAUUCUCUGAAAACAUUUUUUAGAAAAUAAAUUUUUAUAUUUGUUCAACUUCAGCUAUACCCAAGUAGAUUUACAUGUAUAUGAAGCAAAUAUUUUUAAAACUUUGUGUUUGUACAUAUUCUGCAUGUUUUAUAAUUUCAGAUUGCAUCACUUGCAUAGGUAUUUUUCCCACAAAGAUGACAAAAGUUAGUAGGGGGACAAACCCUUUUAUUCUGUAGGGUCAUCUUAACUAAGUAAGCUAGCAGCUGGUUUUAUUGGAAUGAUAGUGUUCUUGGAAGGAGCAGCUUACAAGAUAACUUGAAUUAGCAAAAUACAAAAAUCUAUGCUUUUUUGAAAAUUUCGUAGUGGGGACGUGAAACUGUAUUCUGUGCCUUCCAUCAUGAUUUCCACGUGAAAGCACUUUAAGGCAGUACAUUUUAAGAUAAUGUUUUUGGAAAACUCAGAGCAUAUGGGUUUCUGAAAUAUUUCAUGGAUUCAUUCCCCUCCCUUCUCCAAGAAAUUAUUCUUAUGGAAAAAAAUGAUUUUGUAUGUAGAACAAGAACUUUUUAUACUAUAGUGAUGCUAUAGAUAGGUCUACCAUAACUUUGACUUUUUCUCUAAAAGCCCUUUGUGCUGUGACUUGCUCUCAUCACAAUAUUGUUGAGUUCCACAAUGUAUGAACAUUAAACUCUGACAUACUGUUCAUUCAUUUUUGUAAAAUGUAACUUCAAACCACUUUUCUUGCUUCAUUUCUUGCAUUAAUGUUUUAUUGCUUUAUGAAAAUGUUUAACCCUAAGGCCCUUCUAGAUUACUUAUACUGUAAAAGAAGCAAUUACCCUUAAAACUGUACUCUGGCCUACUUUUCUAUUUUACAAUUAAAUAUC